CGGUCAAUAGGAUGGACCCCUCCCCUGAAACAGCUCUCGGUCGCCGGACAUCGGAGAUGUCAGAUGAUGGAGGGAACUGGGACCAGUUUAUCCGCCAAGCCAGCUGUUGACCCGUGGCCUUCUGCUCUCCAGGAGGUGACCUCAUGAUGAUGCCGAUUCAAUGUGUGUAGGAGGCUUCUGGCAUGCGAUACCCAUCCUUGUGUACGGAGAGAGACCCGUGCUGACCGAGAUGGCCAAAGGAAGAGGACGACCUCUGCUGUCUCCACAGGGUUUCCUCAUUGGGACUCCAGUGAAGUAGCCAUGAAUGGUGACUCUGGAAGUCAGGAUUCACUACAAGACAAUUCAGACUGGAGGGAAUUCUGUGAAGUCCAGGCUCGUGCGGCUGCUUCUGAUUUUGCCCAGAAAUUCCGGAUAUUUAUAAGUGAGAAUCCUCAUUACGAUUCCUCGGGAAUAGAAACCAAUUUCUUGCAGCACUUUGCUUCCCAUUUUGUGGUGUAUUUUGCGAGAGAAGUGAGCGGGCCCUAUCUCUCGGACUCUCCGGCCAAGUGUAGCGUUGCUCCCGCCUCUGACAUUCGGAGCUGCCGACAGCCAGCCCGGGCAGCAGUCCUCCAGAGGAAAGCACACUCCGACUCCCUCCCACGAGGGGAUAACGCAUCAAACGCCCGUAGCUACUUGAGGCAUCAGCAAGUCUGCAACAUGUCCAACCUGGGCCACUCCCGCAGUUCGGAGGAUGUCUCUCUCAGCGCUUCAGCCAGGCCCAAAUUUAAGAAGGGGUUUUCUCUGCGAAAUAUGAGCAUGUGCGUAGUGGAUGGGAUGAAGGAGAUGCUGCAGUGGAGGUCCUCAGCCGAGCCUCUGCUGGGGGCAAGGCCUGAGGGAGAGGAAGACUCUGCAGGGAGUAGACUUGACAGCGAAGCCCACGACCGAUUGAGCCAGAAACUUGAGCGUUUGCGUUUAACCAAGCUGUCCUCGUCCAAAGUGGAGCUGCAGGACAUCCAGAGGGAAGGCAUGCUGCGCUACAUGCUGGCCGAUGACAACAGCCUCAGCAGCUCGCACUGGCACAAGUGCCGUGUGCUGCUCCGCAAAGCCGUGGGAAUCGAAGAAGAGAGAUUCAUCCUGGAAUUUUACGCACCACCCAAGUCAACAAAGUCACGGGUCAGUAUCCCGCUCUCUGCCAUCGUGGAGGUCCGCACCACCAUGCCGCUAGAAAUGCCGGACAGAGACAACACCUUUGUGCUGAAGGUGGAGAAUGGUGUGGAGUACAUCCUGGAGACCAUUGACUCGCUGCAGAAACACUCGUGGGUGGCUGACAUACAGGACUGCAUGGACCCAGGGGACAGUGAAGAGGACUUGGAACUGACUUCCCUCCAACCUGCUGCGACCGUGGCUGGCAGAGAAUCUCCCUCCAUCCCCCCCUGCACCUGUGCCUUUACCCUUGACUCACCCGCCCAAGCCCCGGACACGACCUGCACUGACCCUGAUUCCGCACCCAUCGAUUCACCCGUCAGACCAAAGGACGUCUCAGUGCAGCAACCCCUCGCUCACGUUCCACUGGAGAACUUCCUCCAGACUCUGCAUUCAGAGACUCCAAGUACUGCAGUAUUCACAGAUGCGACGGAGCAGCCUGCGUUGGAGAGCCAGCUGUGCAGCUACCCCUGGUUCCACGGGACAUUGCCGCGGGUGAAGGCAGCCCAGCUGGUGCUGGCCGGCGGCAAGCGGAGCCACGGCCUCUUCGUCAUUCGGCAGAGUGAGACGCGGCCAGGAGAGUAUGUGCUCACCUUCAACUUCCAGGGGAAAGCCAAGCACCUUCGCCUGUCGGUGAACGAAACAGGCCAGUGCCACGUCCAGCACCUCUGGUUCCAGUCCAUCCUUGAUAUGCUCAAACACUUCCAUACCCAUCCCAUUCCCCUGGAGUCUGGAGGUUCUGCCGACAUCACGCUCCGCACCUACGUCCUGGCCACUCAAUCCUUUUCAGAAAUGAGUGCACCUUCACCCAGUGCCCCAAUGCAACCCAACUCCAGGAGUGACGUCUUUCAGACCCAACACUACUUUACCAGCGCUCUAGCUGGGAACCUUCAAGCCGUUGCCCAGGCUGAAGACCCAUCAAUGGCCCACAGGCUGGAGGCUGCUGUCACUGCGCACAACUCGGAGCGGCUACUGCAACCUCCGGCUGUCAUCUCACAGGACUACCAUGAUGGUGAUGGGACAAGGAACCGAAUACGAGCUGUGGAGAAUCAGUAUUCUUUUUACUAACACAAAGGAGUGCAAUAAGGCAAACCUGGGAACAAACUUGAGGACAGGGUUACCUGCUUAGCAAGGAAGUGACAUGUUGACGAUCAGUCUCCCUCUUUGACUACUCGUGUUGAAAGCCAACAUACUGCUCAGACCAAGUGUUUAAUGUGAAUUGCAAGGUGAUUGAUGCCAUUUCUGGUUCAGGCCCAGACGGCAAAGAUUAACUUGAUUAAAUCCAUUCUUUCUAUAUAUUGGUUUCAACGUUGACUGUAAAGAAGCAGCUUUGAUGGACUGUGUACACAAUGGAUAGGGUUGAAAUGUUUUAUAUCAUAAUUUGUGUCUGAUGUUGAUCUUUCCUGUGAGCUGAUAAAUUAUUGCUAGUACUGCAACUGGUGAAAUCCUC